UCAGUUGUGAGAGUGUAUAACGGGGCAGAGGGGAGGGGUUGGGCAACACAGAGAGAGCCAGGGUGGGCCAUGGCCAGCGAGGGAGCUUUGGCGGACUGCCAAAGGGAGCACACUGCUGCAGACCACCCCACUCACACUGAACAGGACCAGGGGGACGCCGAGUCUUCGGUAGGCACACUCUGUCUGGGCACCAUACAACAUGGCUGCCUUCCACACUACAGUGUGUUUGUGAGUUUCCUCUCCGCUUUCUGCUUCAUGUUCACUUCCUUCUCAAAUCAUGCCAUUUCUGAUGACUCAUGUCGGAGCUGCUUUUAGUAUUGUCGCAUUGUUUUCAGCCCCAUCUGAGUGGAGAACUGCCUCUAUUUAAUUGCUCUGUAUUGUUCCACUGGAGGGCAUUGCUAAAUGGCUAUAAAUGUAUAGUAGUGAGUCACAUCGUUAAUGGUCCGGCCCUUUCCUCUUUCCUCUUAUGUCGUUGCCUCUCAGCUAUUCUUCUCUCCUCUGUGCCACUGUUGCUCACCUCCUGCCUCAGUAUUAGUGGCUGUUCAUUUUAAGACGAGUGUGUCUGUCAAACUAGUGUGUUGUAUGUGUGUCUCAGUUCUGCUCAACAAGUGGGUGUUCUUCCUGUCUUAGUCCUAAGUCUCUCUAUUCCUCCCUCGUCUUUCUCUCUCAUUGUAUGUUCUCUACCUCCAUUUCUAGAUGAGUUUAGUGCAGAGAAGGACAGGGCUGGGAGCAUAAUGAACCUAUAGCCUUGGUGUUGUUACGACAGUAGCACCAUGCUCCAUUUGGCCCACAACUUGUGAUCGCGUUGAUACCUACAGUACUAUUUCCGCUUUAUAUCUACCUCUGUGUCCCUUCACAACAAAUAGCCAAACAUUUCUGUGAGCAAUUUGACACAACAUUAGGUGAUCAGGUCCGCUAUGUGAAAUAUUCCCAGAUUAUCAUUACUACUCUGCACUGUUGUUGUGCAGUGUUUCCUGUGUAAUAGCCUGUGUAAGUAGCCCUCGAAAGCCCCAUAGCUGGGCUUGGCCAUGAGGGCUGGCUUGGCUGCAGCCUGCAGCCUGCUAUAUUGCAUUGCAGAUGGAUUAUGGUUCUAAUGAGAGUCUGCCUGGUAGGAGCCGGGCUCUGCUCUGUUCUGCCUGGCGUGGUGCUGAACAGGCCAAUAGGGACACUGCUGUAAUCAGAUCUGCAGGCUGGAGCCAGGGCUGGGUCUCUGAGUGGCGUACAGCAGUCAGUCAGUCGUUAUGUGAAGGGAGGGACUGGUCUGUCUGUCUGUCUGUCUGUCUGUCUCCAUGUUGUAGGAUCUGGGCUCUGUUUGAUUGUUGCUAAUGUCUGUUGUUGGGGAUUUACUCUGAUAGUGUUGCAUGCAGGGUUUUGUGUGUGUGUGUGUAUGUGAGUGCAUGCAUGCAAGUGUGUUUAAAUGCAUGCAAUGCCGUUGCAUGCAUGUAUGUCUGUAUUUUUGCCUAAUGCCUAUCACACUGCCAUGUGUGUUUGUGUGCUGUAUCUGUCUGUGUGGCUGGCUGAGAGCUGGCGUGCUGACAUCGUGUCUGUGUGUAUCAGUAGCUCUGAGCAGGAACAAGCCCUGAUAGAUUGUAGACUCUAUUAAUGCUGCUCUGAUCUGGUUACCAUCAGGAGGGGACGUGAGCGCUCAGGCCUUGACUCACUUAACGUCUCAGUCUCACUCUGCUGCUCUUGGAGACUCAGCUCUCUGAAGGGAACCGCUCAACUCACUGACUGCUCUUCUCUCUGUCACAACUCCUUUUUAAGUCACAGCCUCUCUCUCCCUGUGUCUCCCUCAGUUUGUCUCUUUCUGCUGCUGUCUUGGCCUGUUAUAUCUACUCUAGCCAUGGAUCUACAGUACUUUUACUCUUUGCUGCAUUGCAGUCACACAGGAUGUGAGCUGAAAUGUUGGGCUCUUUGGUUUGGGCACUUGCCUCUGGGACCAAUUGGAAACGCGUUAGCCUGCUCUGUCUCUCUCUCUCUCUCGCUCUCUUCCUUUUCCAUGUACAGAUGAAUGCUCCUCUCUCUCCUAAUGUUUGCUGCCAGCUUAGCGCUGCUCAGUUAGUCCCUCUGACCUACAGGUCUGUGUGGGAGGCAUCUGGGGUCAAAGGUGAACACAACCUAGUCCCUAAUUAGGCCCUUUUCCCAGAGAGUGGUUUUGCAUCGAAUUGGAAAUACGGCAGACCUUUGGUUAUUGUCUCUCUGCUAUCACCGCAAUGUCAUCUUGGCACAAUACAUGUCGCAAUGUAUUUGACCAAUGCUAACCUAUUAUCCAUUCUCCCUCCCCCUCUCCUCCUCUUCCUCUCCCCCUGUCAGAGUGACCCAGGUGGGCUGUCAGUGCUGGAGCAGCUGGGUCUGGACCAGAGCUCAGACUUCUCUGACUCCAGCAUUCAGCAGCACCUGGAUGAAGAGAGGGAUCGCAUCCGCCGGGAGAUCAGGUCAGCAUUACUAAUUUACUAUUCAAUCAUUUUUGUGAUGUAUUGAUUAGCUACUCAUUGUGUGAUACUACUACUUAUGAAAAGUCCUUGUGAUUUGACUGGAUCAGGAAGGAGCUGAAGAUCAAGGAGGGGGCAGAGAACCUGAGGAGAGCCACCACAGACAAGAAGAAUGCCCAGCAGGUGGACAGCCAGCUCCGCAGCUCCAACCGCAGACUGGACAGCCUGCACACUCAGUUACAGGAGCUGGACGCUCACAUCGUGGUCAAAGGAGGGGACGACAACAACACAGGUAUCACUGACGGGGAUGGAACUAUGAAACGAAUGGAGCGUAGCCUUAUACCAUUGGAUGGAUUCAACCAAAAAUUGUAAUGUAGAAACAUGUUGGCCAUUGUUAAUAAUUAUAAUAACUGUCAGUUAAUACCAUGACCUUUGACCCUCAGAUGCCCCCAAGUCUCCCGGGGCACGCAGCCGCUCGGCCAAUCAGGACCGGAUCACGGCUCUGGAGCGCCAGCUCAACAUCGAGCUCAAGUGCAAACAGGGAGCAGAGAACAUGAUCCCCAUCUAUGCCAAUGGAGUCACCAAGGUACUGGACCUGACUGGACCACCUAACCCCUCUAAUAUAUACAUCUACUGUACCCUCUCUACAAUACAGCCAGCCCCUUCACAAUCUCUCUUUCUCACUCCUUUGAGUUCAUGUCUCUAGUCAGAUGUUCUCCCAGCCUGUACCCUGAUUAUUCUCUGAGUAGUAAAGGUUAGCAGGGUUGUGUAUUUGUGAGCUGUCUGCUAUUCCAAUGUCCUCACUGUACGGUGUCCCUUGUAGGACAAGAAGAUGCAUCAGACAGCCCAGCAGAUGCUGCAGGACAGCAAGACCAAGAUUGACAUCAUCCGCAUGCAGAUCCGCAAGGCCAUGCAGGCCACUGAGCAAACUGAAGAUAACCAGGGUAUCUGUCUUUUUAACUGUCUGUCUGUCUCUGCCUGCCUGCCUGCCUGCCUGCCUGCUUGUCUGUCCAUCUACCUGUCUGACUGUCUGUCUCUCCAUCCCUCUGUGUCUGUCUGAUCUAAUCUGUACAUCGAUCGUUAAAUAUUUGAUGAAGUGUGGGUAACAGAUCAAUGCCCUCCUCAGAAGUGCAGAGUGGUCAUUAUUAUAACCUACUCCACUCACACACAGUUUUGCAUUACAGUCCACUCCACUCCAUACACCACUCACACACACACACACACACACACACACACACACACACACUCAGGCUCACUUCCACACAGAGUGCAGGUUAAGGCCUUUUUGAUGUUCCUGCAUCCCCAUGAUGUUGCCCAACAGCAAAAAAUCCUGCUUCAUUUACCCAAGGUUAGAGACAGAGGGAAAGAGGGAGAGAGAGAAAGAUGAGGAAACCAAUAGUAAGAUAUGGAAAGCGGGGAGAGAGAACGAGAAAGAGAGUGAGAAGAUGGGAAAAGCACAGGAAGCAAAGAGACAGAUUUAGGCCCAUAUCGUUAAUGGAUCGCUGUGUCUAUUUCCCUCUCCCUACCUUCUUCUCUCUACCUUCCUCCCUUCUUUGGAUUAAGAAUAGAUCAGAGCUGCAUUUAGCCUCAUGAGUCAUGAACCAUCCCUAAUUUAGGACACACACAGAUGCACACAAACCCAUCAAAACCUCACAUUAUCUUGAUUUUGAUUUGCAGUACUGAUUACUUUAUCAUAUUAUGAAAGAUAACUAUAUACAUACUGGUUUAAAGUUGCAGAGUUCGAUUAAUUUCCCCCACAUGUUUUACUUGAUCAUAUUAUAUGAUUAUUAUAUUAUUACAUUACCCUUACUGAGUAUUGUUUACAGUAUGCAUUUUUUGUUUUUUUUUAAUCAGCUGGCCAUACAGUAAAUGGUUUGUUAUCGCUCUCUCCCCCCCCCCCCCAGGUAAGCCAGACACGUGUGGGGUGGAGCUGCGUGUGGAGGAGCUGUGGCAUCAUUACCGUGUGGAGCACGCCAUGGCUGAGGGAGCCAAGAACAUGCUGAGGCUGCUGGGAGCAGGGAAGGUCCAGGACAAGAAGGCCAUGUCAGAGGUCAGAGUUCACACACAGGACGACUGUAUGGAUCUCACACAUGAACGCACACUUAAUGCACACAUAUACACACACACAUACACAAAAACACACAAAAAACACACCAUUUAGAGCACAUUUAAAUACACACACACACACACACAAACACACACACCAUUGUAACCCCCCUCUCUCCUCUCUCCCCCCAGGCCCAGUGUGGUCUGAGUGAGUCGUCCCAGCGCUGUGACCUGCUGAGAGGCUCUCUGGAGCAGCGUCUGCUGGAACUGACGGAGGACCACCCCAAGGCCUGCCUCAUCAAGGAGGAGCUGGUGCUGGCCUCCUCCUCAGCCUUCAGCUCCAGACACGGAACCCCCUAUGUACACAACCAGUACAGCACCCUCUGCAAGCCCUCCCCACUCACUGGUACAUACACUCAUAGUCUAUCACUGACUCUUACAGCCUCUCUAUGCUCUAUCACUGACUCUUACAGCCUCUCUCUAGUCUCUCACUACCCCUCUGUCUAUACCUCGCUGAAGGUUCUAACGCAUCAGAAACUCAUGGAUUCAAUUGAAUAUCUCCCACAUAUCCAGUGUCUGAAUUUAUAAACCGUUUGAAGCAGGUAUGAUACUCUCACUUCUACUCAAACAUCUCUCUCUCUCCUAGGUACCCUGCAGGUGCGUCUGCUGGGCUGUGUGGGGGUGUUGGAUGUGGUCCCGGGGCGCAGUAGAGGAACCCCGGUUGUUUUGCCAUGCUACAUCCCAGGUGAUGGACGCUCCUUCAAACUCAGUGGUCUCUACAGCCGCAGCACCAGCAGCUUGAGCCUCAGGAUCCCCAGCAAGACCGACGAACUCUCCUGUAAGUGUGUGGGGUCACAUAUCUGUCCAUUUGUGUUGUGUAGUGAGUUUUUAAACAUGUGUUAUUGUGUUGUACAGCGGAGGUGAGUGCGGUGUUGAAGCUGGAGAACACAAUGGUGGGACAGACGUGCUGGAAGACAGUGGGAGAGCAGGCCUGGGACCAGACCUUCACUGUAGAACUAGAGAGAGUAAGAGAGUAAGAGAGAGAGAGAGAGAGAGAGAGAGAGAGAGAGUGUGAGAGAGAGAGAGAGAGAGAGUGAGAGAGAGAGUGAGAGAGAGAGUGAGGAGGAGUGAGAGAGAGUGAGGCAUGAGCGGAGAGAGAGUGAGAGAGAGUGAGAGAGAGUGAGAGAGAGUGUGAGAGUGUGAGAGUGUGAGAGAGAGAGAACCUGUGGUUGAAACAGUAUGUGUGUUGACCCGUGUUUCGCCUCAGUCCAGGGAGAUGGAGAUAGCAGUGUACUGGAGGGACUACCGCUCCCUGUGUGCUCUCAAGUACCUGAAGCUGGAGGACUUCCUGGACAACCAGAGACACAAAGUUCAGCUGGAGCUAGAGCCUCAGGGCCUGCUGCUGGCAGAGGUACACACACCCUGCCCUGAAUACGCAUACAGAGACAUGCACACACAUGCACCAACACAUACAUCCCUGCUCAAUACUGAACUACACUAUGUGUGUCAGUGGUGGUCGGUGCUAUUUAAGAUGAGGGAGGACGAUUAUUUUUUUUAUGAGCAUGGCCUUAUUUCUAUUACAGCAUAUUGGAUGACUGUCAUUCAUAUUCCAUUCACCCAGCUCAAUGUAACAUUGAUAGGUUUAGGCUACUACAUGAUACUCAAAUUUUCCCUAUACCCAUCAUGAGGUUUCUACAACCUAGCCUAUGAAUGAAAGUUUACAACGUAGGUGCACAGGUCGAGAGAAAUUUGAGUAAUCAAGGUGACAGACAAUGACACAUUCAAUACCGUCUUGCACACUCUUGCCUGCAUCUAGCUGAUCGAGGGUGUAAUUAUUAGUCCAACAGUUGCAAACGAGAGUUUCAAUUGGACAAAUUCAGGUAUGUUUAUCCUACACACAGCCUACAUCAUUGUCACCAUUAUUAGCUAACGUCAUAGUCAACAUAGCUACUGAAACUAAUGCGUUAGUAAAGGCACUACAAUCAUGCAGUACACUGUAGUCAGCAAGCAGUUUAGCAGUUACACCAGUGGGCCCCGGUGGCAGUAAAUUAAUAAACCAAAAGCUUACCUUGACCUAGAAGAGUUCCAGUGUUUGGAUUGCCAUAGCCAGCUAGCUAACAUAGCAUCGCUCUCUGUUUGAGCCAGGUGUUUAAGUAGGCUAGCUAAGUAAGUGAAAGUGAAAAAAAUACAAAAUAUCUCUCUCUCUCUUGCUUCUUCAUUUUUGAAGAAAUGAAUUUGUUCAAAACUGUUCAACUAUUGUCUUUCUCCCUCUUUGAGUCAACUACUCACCACAUGUUAUGCACUGCAGUGCUAGCUAGCUGUAGCUUUCAGUACUAGAUUAAUUAUCUGAUCCUUUGAUUGGGUGGACAACAUGUCAGUUCAGUUUAUUUUUAUGAAAUUCACUGAGGAGGAUGGUCCUCCCCUUCCUCCUCUGAGGAGUCUCCACUGAUGUGUGUCUAUUUCAGGUAAUUUUCUUCAACCCAGUCAUAGAGAGAGGCCCAAGACUGCAGAGACAAAAGGUUUUCUCCAAACAGCAUGGUAAGAGAAGCUAUUCUCAGAACAGUGUGUUGUGUUAGUGUGUGUAACGUCUUAGAUAAAGCCCCAUCUUGUUCUGGAUGUUGUCAGCAGCUGCCAAGCCUGGCUCCAUAUAUCCUAGUAUCCCUAUAGGGCUCACACCUGCAUCAUCUGACUGACACCCCACUGAGUAGCAUGGAGUUGCCCUUAGACACUGAUCUACAGUCAGUUUAGUGUUUCACCCCUAAUUGGUCACAUUAGGAUUGGGGGAGGUCCUAGAUCUGUGACUACAGGCAACCUCCACCCAGAACCCACUUUGUACCUCUCCGUGCUCUGUAUUGCCAUCUAGUGUUGGAAUCGGCAGUGCUGUAGAUUCAUCUGAUGGGUUGAGGUGGCUUUAAUACUUUGGAGUAUGACAACCUGAGUGCAUCAGGGUUGAAACUUCUUCAGUGCAUCAGGACUGGCCAAUCCUAAUGGAUUGAGUAAACCAUGUUAAAAGCUGCUGCAUGAACAGGAUAUAUUGCAUUUCAGGGGGAUUUGUGUUUAUCAGUAUAUCAUAUUGCCUUGUGUUUAUGUUGUGUGUGUGUGUUGCGGUUACUGCUAUGUGUGUGUUGGGUAUGUUACAGGUAAAGCGUUCCUGCGUGCUCGUCAGAUGAACGUUGACAUCGCCACCUGGGUCCGCCUACUGAGGAACGCCAUCCCUUCUGGAAACAACAUUCCCAGCUACACCCCACACACACACUCACGCUCACACUCUGGGUAAGGCGCACUCUCAGUACUGUACACAAUACUUCAGACAGCAAGUACAACAUAUACUGUACAUGGGGAAACUGUUGACUGCUAUUUCUGUGUGUGUCGCAGGGAGAUCUCAGUGGAGAAGCUGACUCUGGGGAGCGACUCUCCUCCGAGGCCUGACAUCAGGGGAGACGUUGUUGACACACCUCACCUGGUGAGAAGAAGAGAAGGGAGGGAUGAAGAGAGGGAUGAGGGAGGGAUGGGAGGAUGCAGCAAUGGAGUGAUAGCCAUCUCUGUAGUAUCACAUUCCCUUUGGCCAUUCCCUCCAGACAGCCUUUGGCUAGAAAACAGUGGUCCAGACAUAUUGGACUAUUAGCCUAGGAUGAAUCUGGAGCUAGACAGAGCAGGGCCUGGGAGGGAGGAGAGGAGAGAGGGAACAAUAAGAAGGGAAAGAGAGAAAUCCACACUAAUUAGACCAAAUUGGAUCGAGGGAGCUUUAAUUCGAUCAAAGCCCAAUCUGUGUUAGAUUCCCAGUGUGUAAAACACGAUUGGCAUGAGAGGGCAGAGAGAGAGGGACAGAGGGAGUGAGGGAGGGAGAGGUAGAGAGAUGCAGAGGGGGAAGGCCUGGGUAACAGAUGGUGUGGUCAGCGGGGCUGGGGGAUUACUGGAUUAAUUACUCUGGUUUUUUAGAUAACUAAUUAACAGUAACGAGGGAACGAGGAAGAGAGGAGAGGAGGAGGGGAUUGAGCAGCCAGCCAGCCAGCAGGGAACUGGCUACUAAUAAUGAGGAGGGUCAGAAUUACUUUUGGCCUGUCUGUCUGUCUGUCUAAUUUUCCUUCUCCCUCUCUCAUUCUCUCUAUCUAUCCCUCUCGCCUCUUUAUAUCUCUCUCUCUCUCUGUCUCUCUUUUUCUCUCACUCUCUGGAACAGCCUGUGAUCGAGCCCUUCUCCCCUCUGGACCUUGCCCAAGAGCGGCCAACCAGAACCCUAUCCACGAGUUCCCUGCGCAGGUACAGCACCAUGCAGAGUUGGCCCAGUGUGUCCUCACACACACACCUGAGUACAUCCUCUCACAAUAUGGCCCCCACAGUAUGAUGCUGGAGAAACACACCCACUCACAAUAUGGCCACAUUUACAUUUACAUUUUAGUCAUUUAGCAGACGCUCUUAUCCAGAGCGACUUACAGUUAGUGAGUGCAUACAUUUUUCAUACUGGCCCCCCGUGGGAAACGAACCCACAACCCUGGCGUUGCAAGCAACAUGACCUCACCUCCUCCAUAACACAUGUUACUGUAGCCAGGCAGACAUAUAUCACCGCAACAUGCUUUCUAUAGAAGUGCUAGGUAGGCACAAAACAUCAGAUAAUACUGCAUCCUAUUCCUUCAACUAGCAAAUGACCAUUCAACAUGAGUAAAGGCUAUUUCAGUGAUUGAUCAUUAUUAUUUUCUUUGUGUCCUAAUAUUAGACAGAGCAAAGGCCCUCUGUGUCUGGAGGACUUCAAGCUGAUCGCUGUGCUGGGCAGGGGACACUUUGGCAAGGUAUGUGUCCUCACAUCUUAAAUAUCCUCCCUGUGUUAGGACGUUCUCUAUCCAGAGGAUUUAGAGAUUUAGAUGUUUUCCAGGUGUUGUUGUCAGAGUACAAGAGGACAGGCAGUGUGUACGCUAUCAAAGCCCUGAAGAAGGGAGACAUUGUGGCGCGGGACGAAGUGGACAGGUAAGGAUCAACACUAGAAUGCAACACAGGCCAAGACAGAACACAGGCAACACAGGCCUACUAUAUCAUGCCUCUCUCAGACAUUAUAUGACCUCCAUCAUGGUGAAAAUACUACGACUGGAUUAUAUGCCACAAAAUUAUUGUCAACACAAAAGUGAUCACCAACAAACCAUGUUAAACAUAUACACUGUUUACAUGCUGUACUUGACAUUACACAAUUGUCUCUCUUUCCUGUUGUCUUCUGAGUCCAUCAUUCUCUCCUUCUCCUCUCCUCAGUCUGAUGUGUGAGAAGCGUAUUUUUGAGACGGUGAACAGCUCCCACCACCCCUUCCUGGUCAACCUGUUUGCAUGUUUCCAGACCCCAGAACACGUGUGCUUCGUCAUGGAGUACACGGCUGGGGGCGACCUCAUGAUGCACAUCCACGCAGACGUCUUUACAGAGCCCCGAGCCGUGUGGGUACCGCUGUGUUUUUGUGUGUAUUUGUGUGUGUACUGUGUUCUACUGUAUGUGUAACGGAACAUGGGGGAGGAGCAGGCAUGCUUUGAGUUAUGUGUAUUUGUGUUCAUAUGGUUGUAUACUGUAUACGUACUCAUAUCCACCCACAGUCUGCUGUUACUGUCGUGUGUGUGUGUGUGUCCUGACUAUUGUGUGUGCGUCUGUCUGUUUGUCUGUCUGUCCUGCAGGUUCUACGCAGCCUGUGUGGUUUUGGGCCUGCAGUUUCUUCAUGACCACAAGAUUGUGUACCGGUGAGUACUCUGGGUAGACAUGAAACACAGAACACAUGAAAGACAGAUACCCUCUCAUCCUCCUACCCCUUCAUCCUCAGAGUACUCAUCCAUUUUGAAUGAAUCUUCAUCCCUCCUCCUCAGGGACCUUAAACUCGAUAACUUGUUGCUGGAUACACAGGGCUAUGUGAAGAUAGCAGACUUCGGGCUCUGUAAAGAGGGUAUGUUCUCUAUAACUUAUUCAUCAUGUCUCCAGAGCUCUGUAAGGAUGGAAGAUCAUAGCGGUUGUAGUUUGGAGUACUUUUUUUAUUGAAGCCUCUUUUUGCUACUGUGCUCAUGUUUUUCGAUAUUUCUGACUCAGUUUGGUCUCUCUCUCUCUCCUUCCUCUCUCUGUUUUUCUCUCACAACAACCUCUCUCUCACUGCUUCUCUUUCCUUCCCUUCUUCUCAUUCCUGAUCUCGCUCUACCUCCCCAGGGAUGGGCUAUGGGGACAGGACCAGUACGUUCUGUGGUACUCCUGAGUUCCUGGCUCCAGAGGUUCUGACAGACACCUCCUACACCAGGGCAGUUGGACUGGUGGGGCCUGGGAGUACUGGUGUAUGAGAUGCUGGUGGGAGAGGUAAGAGACUUGACUCUAAAAACCACUUCAGAGAAUUAUAUAAAUAUGACUCCAUACAUAUUUAGCCAUAUUAUUUAGACAUGCUCCGUAACUUUGGCGACUACUUAAGUAUUUGGGCUAGAUGUGUCAAUGUGUAGUUCAUACAUAAUUAAUUUGCAGAAUUACUGUCUUACCUCAAUUAGCCACAAAAUCCCUAGUUUAAAGCAACAGUUUUUCUGGAAGCUGUGCUGCACCAUUUUCCCUCACGUGGGCCAGCCCCCUAGCAAUUCGAGUUCAACCAAUGAGCUUCAGCUCCUCGCCAUAUGAGUGACAGCUAGCAAGAUGGACAUGAUGCACCCACAGCAGAGCGAGAGAGAGAUCAAUGACGUAGUAUGCAGUUUUCGGGGACCACUUUUGGACGCUACUUUCAGAACUACUGGCUAAAAAGUAUACAAAAGUACCGGAGGAUCCCUUUAAUGGGUUAAGCCCUCACCUUUAAAAUAAUAUAUACUUUAAGCCAGUAAUAUAUACUUUAAGCCUUUAUGGUAAUACAGCACUUUAGUCUAUAUUACAGAAAGUGAUGUGUGUUUGAGCCAUAUGUCACUAGGCAUGGCUGGUAGGAUGUCAAUGAUGAGGAACCAUGACAGAAGUCCAACACGCAGGGGCACAGCUUAAGCCAGGCUGGCAUAUUUAUUCAAAAUAAAAGGUUCACAAAGAUUGUUCUCAAACUGUAACUGAAACCCCCCCCCUCCCAAAAAAAGUUUUUAAAAAACUCCCACACAGAGCUUAACUGAACUUAGACUACUACCCAGUUUACCAGCUUCACAAUGUCCAUGGGCUUCGAACAAAUGUCUGUAGAGCUCUUCUCGUGCUGAACUGAACCAGCACCUUAUACAGUGGGGGAAAAAAGUAUUUAGUCAGCCACCAAUUGUGCAAGUUCUCCCACUUAAAAAGAUGAGAGAGGCCUGUAAUUUUCAUCAUAGGUACACGUCAACUAUGACAGACAAAUCGAGAAUUUUUUUUCCAGAAAAUCACAUUGUAGGAUUUUUAAUAAAUGUAUUUGCAAAUUAUGGUGGAAAAUAAGUAUUUGGUCACCUACAAACAAGCACGAUUUCUGGCUCUCACAGACCUGUAACUUCUUCUUUAAGAGGCUCCUCUGUCCUCCACUCGUUACCUGUAUUAAUGGCACCUGUUUGAACUUGUUAUCAGUAUAAAAGACACCUGUCCACAACCUCAAACAGUCACACUCCAAACUCCACUAUGGCCAAGACCAAAGAGCUGUCAAAGGACACCAGAAACAAAAUUGUAGACCUGCACCAGGCUGGGAAGACUGAAUCUGCAAUAGGUAAGCAGCUUGGUUUGAAGAAAUCAACUGUGGGAGCAAUUAUUAGGAAAUGGAAAGACAUACAAGACCACUGAUAAUCUCCCUCGAUCUGGGGCUCCACGCAAGAUCUCACCCCGUGGGGUCAAAAUGAUCACAAGAACGGUGAGCAAAAAUCCCAGAACCACACGGGGGGACCUAGUGAAUGACCUGCAGAGAGCUGGGACCAAAGUAACAAAGCCUACCAUCAGUAACACACUACGCCGCCAGGGACUCAAAUCCUGCAGUGCCAGACGUGUCCCCCUGCUUAAGCCAGUACAUGUCCAGGCCCGUCUGAAGUUUGCUAGAGUGCAUUUGGAUGAUCCAGAAGAGGAUUGGGAGAAUGUCAUAUGGUCAGAUGAAACCAAAAUAGAACUUUUUGGUAAAAACUCAACUCGUCGUGUUUGGAGGACAAAGAAUGCUGAGUUGCAUCCAAAGAACACCAUACCUACUGUGAAGCAUGGGGGUGGAAACAUCAUGCUUUGGGGCUGUUUUUCUACAAAGGGACCAGGACGACUGAUCUGUGUAAAGGAAAGAAUGAAUGGGGUAUGUAUCGUGAGAUUUUGAGUGAAAACCUCCUUCCAUCAGCAAGGGUAUUGAAGAUGAAACGUGGCUGGGUCUUUCAGCAUGACAAUGAUCCCAAACACACCGCCCGGGCAACGAAGGAGUGGCUUUGUAAGAAGCAUUUCAAGGUCCUGGAGUGGCCUAGCCAGUCUCCAGAUCUCAACCCCAUAGAACAUCUUUGGAGGGAGUUGAAAGUCCGUGUUGCCCAGGGACAGCCCCAAAACAUCACUGCUCUAGAGGAGAUCUGCAUGGAGGAAUGGGCCAAAAUACCAGCAACAGUGUGUGAAAACCUUGUGAAGACUUACAGAAAACGUUUGACCUGUGUCAUUGCCAACAAAGGGUAUAUAACAAAGUAUUGAGAAACUUUUGUUAUUGACCAAAUACUUAUUUUCCACCAUAAUUUGCAAAUAAAUUCAUUAAAAAUCCUACAAUGUGAUUUUCUGGAUUUUUUUUCUCAUUUUGUCUGUCAUAGUUGACGUGUACCUAUGAUGAAAAUUACAGGCCUCUCUCAUCUUUUUAAGUGGGAGAACUUGCACAAUUGGUGGCUGACUAAAUACUUUUUUUACCCACUGUAUGCCCCAGGUGUAUUGCAGCCUAACAAGGCUUAGUGGCUUCAGGUGUGGGGCGUAGCACUACAGCAUAAGCUUGCUGCAGCCUAAAAAUGCUGGUUGUGGGGCAUGGCUGACACUCCAAACAGUGGCAUUCCCCGGCCACCACAAUAGGUUAAAUGGGUGGCUGUGAGCGUGACACUGUGACCUAUGUGUGUGUCAGUCUCCAUUCCCAGGUGAUGAUGAAGAGGAGGUGUUUGACAGCAUAGUGAAUGACGAGGUGCGCUACCCUCGCUUCCUCUCCACAGAGGCCAUCGGCAUCAUGAGACGGGUAAGCUCCUCCCCCAACACUCACAUCCCACCAAUCACCAGUGGAGCAAGAGAGAAUCACAUUGAUUGAUGUGGUCAGUCUGGUCACUGUAAAGGUGGAGCCAUGUUGCUUUUAGUUUUCAGUCAGUGGGUUUUCUGUGAAAGUGUUUCUGAUGUAUUUUCAGCUGUUUGCCAUCUGUGUGUGUUUCUAGCUAUUGUUUGGUCUGUGCUGUGAGUUGCUAUGUCUGGGUUGAGGUGUUUGUUGUUUUCUUUUGCCAGUUGUUGAGGAGGAACCCUGAGCGGCGCCUAGGAUCUGGUGAGAAAGAUGCCGAUGACGUCAAGAAACAGCCUUUCUUCAGGGUGAGUUGCUCUCUCUCUCUCUCUCUCCCUCAGACACAGACACACAUGUCAUUAGGUAACAUUCUUGUUAUGUAAUCAAUGAGCAUGUUAAAUAGUUUCAGCAUCUGCUCCAACUCUAUUUGGUACUAUAACGUUAGGGGUUGCUGUUUUUAGUUGCAUGAGCUGCCCAACAAGCAUAGAUGAUUCAAUUCACCUGGAUUCUUUGAACCAAUCCGGUCUCUCUGUUCCCCCUCUCAGGGUGUGGACUGGGAAGCGCUGCUGCAGAGGCGGCUCCCGCCCCCGUUUGUCCCCAACAUCGGGGGGAGGGAGGACGUCAGCAACUUUGACGAGGAGUUCACCGCCGAGCCCCCCGCUCUCACGCCACCCCGUGAACGCCGCACCCUCUCCCGCAAGGACCAGGACUGCUUCAAAGACUUUGACUACGUCUCUGACCUCUGC